AUUGAAGAAAUGAAUAUUCAAGUAGUAGUUAGGUGCAGAGCAAAGUUGGAAAGAGAGGAGAAAAUCAAAUCUCCAGUUGUCAUAAAAACCACACAUCGUGAUGUACAAAUACGAUUAAAAACUGAGGAUGCAUCUUGUAAAAGUUAUACUUUCGACAAAGUAUUCGGGAAAGAAGCAAAUCAACAAAAAAUAUUUGAUUCUGUGGUUAACCCAAUAUUGUAUGAGGUGUUGGAUGGGUUUAAUUGUACUCUGUUUGCGUAUGGUCAAACAUCAACUGGUAAAACGUAUACAAUGGAAGGAGAUUUGAAUAUUAGAUAUGGUAUUAGUGGUGGCAAUGUGAUUAUUAGUCCAAAUGCUGGUGUCAUUCCACGUUCUCUUUGCAGUCUUUUUCAAACUUUGGAAUCAGAAUCUGCUGAUUAUUCAGUGAAGGUUUCUUAUAUUGAAUUGUAUAAUGAAAAAUUGAAAGAUCUUUUGUCUAAUAAUAGCCAACAAAGUUUGAAAGUUAUCGAUGAUGGUAAUAAUAAAGGUGUUUUGUAUGGACAUGAAGAAGUGCCUUUAAAAGAUGCUGCUGAAGGUAUCAAUGUUUUGAAACAAGGAUCUAUUAAAAGACAAAAUGCUUCAACUAAUUAUAAUGAUAAAUCAAGGUAUCUAGCAAAUAAAAAUUUAGUGAUUACAUAA